AUGGCUUCCUCUCAGACAGUCGUGAAUGACAAGAGUUUACUGAGUGUUCAAGAGCUUGCCAAAGAGCCCAUGUUUGCCAUCCCACAGCGCUAUGUUCAGGUACAUCAAGAACCAACUGUUCACUCAGAUGCCUUUUCCUUGCCCAUUGUUGACAUGAAAAACUUGAGUAUAGGAGGGGCCAAGGAUUUAGAACUUGAAAAUUUGCACUCAAUCUGCAAAACCUUGGGCAUCUUUCAGUAUUUUGACUUCAUGGCUGAACAAGGGCUGAGACAUAAACUUGCAAGUUUCGAGCUUGAAUCUUUUCUUUUUUUGGACACAACAGCAAUACGGGGGAGGGGAGUUCGAACUGAGGACCUCCAUGUCACAAGUGAGGCUACUCACCAGUUGGUGGUGAACCAUGGAGUUAGCUCUUUGCGGGUUGAAAAGCUAAAACAUGAGAUUGAAGAAUUUUACAAGCUUCCUGUGAAAGAGAAAUACAAGGUGAAGCCUGGUGAUGUUGAAGGGUAUGGCCAUACCAUGAUCCGGUCUGAAGAUGAAAAGGCUCACUGGGGAGUUAGGCUUUACAUGAUAACCAACCCAAUACAUAGAAGGAAACCACACUUAUUGCCUGAGCUCCCUGUAUCACUAAGGGAUACUCUGGAGUUUUAUUUCUCAGAGCUGCAAAAAAAUGCAAUGACUCUCCUUGGGUUAAUGGUAGAUGCACUAAAGAUUGAUAAUGGAGAGAUAAAAGAGAUGUUUAUGGAUGGGAUGCAAUCGGUGAGGAUGAAUUACUAUCCUCCUUGCCCACAACCAGAGCAAGUCAUGGGCUUCACUCCUCACUCAGAUGUUACUGGAAUUACCAUCCUUCUAGAAAUAAAUGGAGUGGCAGGCUUCCAAGUUAAAAAGGAUGGAAAAAAAAUAUCUUCUAGAAAUACUUUUUUCUAG